AACGGUCAAAGCUCAUCUCUUAAAAUCUUUUGUAGCUGCAGAAAAGCAACAGAUUAGCGUGAGAAGCCUUUAGGACAUCCUGAAGGGAGCCCAAUAACACACCAGGAGGAACCCCGGUGACUUCGUCGAGUAUGAGCUGCUAGAAAGAAAGAGGCCACAAAAUGGACCUGUGUAAAGUGGCUUUCCUUCUGGGAGCCCUGAUCUGCACUGUGAGCGGAACGGAGGUGGACAGCUACGCUAAAACUGAGGGAGCGUGGAUCCUGUCUGCGCAUAAAAGAGAAUACUCCGCAAACAACGUGGCCGAGUGUGCCGCCAAAUGUGACGCUGAAACAGCCUUCACAUGCAGAUCCUUCCUGUACAUUCAGAAGGAUCAGAACUGUUGGACAGCAGCAGCAAACUCUAAAACAGAGACCAUCCUGCGCAGAAGCAGUGCAGCGUUAUACGAAAAAAAAGAAUACCUCCUGGAGUGUGUUAAUGGGGUGGGAAAAGAUUACAGAGGAACAAAAAGCAGAUCAAAAACAGGAAAGGUCUGCCAGAGAUGGGAAGCCAAAUACCCGCACAGGCCCAACUUCACACCGAGUGAGCAUCGCAGAGCGGACUUAGAGUCAAACUUCUGCAGGAACCCCGACGGAGACAGUGGUGGACCCUGGUGCUACACCACCGACGCCAACACCCGCUGGGAGCACUGCAAUGUACCGAACUGCACAGAGGAGUGUAUUCACUGCAGUGGUGAGAACUACAGAGGGAAAAUCUCCACAACAGAAAACGGCUACACCUGCCAACACUGGGACUCCCAGAAACCUCACAACCAUGGCUACAUCCCCAGCGCUCUUCCAGAGAAAUAUCUUGAGGAGAAUUACUGCAGGAACCCGGAUGGAGACCCCAAACCCUGGUGCUUCACUACCAGCCCGUCCAAACGCUGGGACUUCUGCUCCAUUCCCCGCUGCACGUCCGAGCCCCCCACCAUCGUCCCGGAGCUGACCUGCGCCACCGGGGAAGGAGGAUCGUACCGCGGCACGGUAGCGGUGACGGAGUCCGGGAAAACGUGCCAGAGCUGGUCCACUCAGACUCCACAGAAACACAACCGCUCUCCGGAGAACUACCCCUGCAAAGGCCUGGAUAGCAACUACUGUCGUAACCCGGACAAUGAGAGGAGGCCCUGGUGCUACACCACCGACACUGAGACUCGCUGGGAGUACUGCACGGUGCCGAGCUGUGGGGAUGCAGCUGGACCAGAUGAGCCAGUGAUCCCCACGGAGGAGGAGGACUGUUACGUGGGAGACGGGACGAGUUACAGAGGAGUUACGUCAGAGACCAUCAGUGGAAAAAGAUGUCAGAGCUGGAGCGCCAUGACGCCUCACAGCCACAAAAAAACUCCACAGAUCUUCCCCCAAGCGGACCUGAGGAGGAAUCUGUGCAGGAACCCUGAUGGAGACCGGGCCCCGUGGUGUUACACUACAGACCCCAGUGUCCGCUGGGAGUACUGCAACCUGGAGAAAUGCGUCGCCAAUCCUUCGGGAGCAGUGAAUCCACUGACACCUGUAAACCCUGAGGUCCCCACUCCGGCCACCACACAGAAAGACUGUAAGAUAGGAAAUGGAGACACGUACCGGGGUCAGACCUCCUUCACCGUGCUGGGUGUCACCUGCCAGGCCUGGACUGCACAGAGCCCCCACUCACACAACAGCUUCACCCCACAAACACACCCCACUAAAGGGCUGGACGGAAAUAGCUGCAGAAACCCGGAUGGAGAUGUGAAUGGACCUUGGUGCUACACAACUGACAGGAACAAGAAAUGGGACUACUGUCAGAUCCCCGACUGUGCUGGAAUGGAUUGCGGGACGCCGGUCACCAAACCCAAGCGUUGUUUCGGUCGGAUCGUGGGCGGCUGCGUGUCCAAAGCUCACUCCUGGCCCUGGCAGAUCAGCCUCCGGACCAACAUGGGAGUUCAUUUCUGUGGAGGAACUCUGGUCCACCCUCAGUGGGUUCUGACUGCUGCUCACUGCCUGGAGAGGUCUAAGCGUCCUGCGGCCUACAAGGUGCUGCUGGGCGUUCACACGGAGCGAGCCAAUGAGUUGUCCAAACAGGACAAGAACCUGGAUAAGCUGAUCUUGGGACCCAACGGAGCUGACAUCGCUCUGCUGAAGCUGCAGAGUCCUGCGAUAAUAAAUGACAAAGUGCUGCCGGUGUGUCUGCCGGAGAAGGACUUCAUCGUUCCCAGUGGAACCGAGUGCUAUGUAACCGGAUGGGGAGAAACUCAAGGGACGGGGGGUGAGGGUGUCCUGAAGGAAACAGGUUUUCCCGUGAUCGAGAACAAGAUCUGUAACCGUCCCUCGUACCUGAACGGCCGAGUCAAAGAUCACGAGAUGUGUGCCGGAAACAUCGAGGGUGGAACCGACAGUUGCCAGGGCGACAGCGGCGGCCCCCUGGUGUGUCACGCUCAGAACCGCUACGUCCUGCAGGGCGUCACAUCCUGGGGUCUCGGAUGCGCCAACGCCAUGAAGCCCGGCGUCUACGCCCGAGUCUCCAAGUUUGUCGACUGGAUCGACAGAACCAUCAAAGCCAACUGAAGAACGUCCGACAAAUACUGAACAGCAUCGGUUGCAGAGGGAGGGACUUUUCAUCGAGCUUUUUGAAGAUACUUUAACGUGUUAGUACUGUUCUGCUCCAAGAAAGUUAGUAGUCUGAGAUUAUCGGUUAAGAAGAGGUGUUUUAUUACCUGUGGUGGAGAAAAUCUAAUAAGCAAAUAGUGAUUUUUCACAGUAAGAGCUGAAAAAUAAAACCUAAAACAAAGGAAA